AUGACGCCUCGUCGCUCCUCUCGAGCUCGCGCGUCCCAAGCACCCGCCGGUGUCCUCCACCAUUCCGCCUCCUCCAGUUCCUCAAACUCGCUCGGGAGACCCGAACGAAACACACGGUCGAAUAAUAAGCUCUCCUCGUCGCGGAGAUCCUCGACGCUUCCAUCGCAAUCUGUAGACGACGCCGAUGCGCGCUCAAGGCAUGACGUCCCACAUACUCGCCAGCGACAGCGAGGUCGCGACGAUGACGAAAAACCUCCCGUAAACGACGAGUUCGAAGACGAAGAUGGCGAAGAGGAGGAAAUAACAAGGUGUAUCUGUGGGCAGCAGGAUUACCCGGGCCUGCCGCCGUCUGCUCGUGAGAUGAUGGCGAGAAACUCGCUGAAGGCUGGCAUCAAAGAAGAAUCCAACCAAGACCCGGCUGCCUUGGACAUAUUGUCCGAGGACGCUGGCAGCUUAUUUAUCCAGUGCGAUUCCUGUAAGGUGUGGCAGCAUGGCGGCUGCGUGGGCAUCAUGGAAGAAGCCUUGAGCCCAGAUGAAUACUUUUGCGAAAAAUGCCGAAAAGACCUACACAGGCUGGUUGUCAGCGGUAGCGGUCAAAAGUCUUCCCAGUAUCUCCCGGUCGCUGGGACGCCCUCCCCUCCUUCCUCAACUUCUUCUGUUCGAGGUACCUCCCGAAGCGCCAAAGACAAGAAAUCUAAGGACCAUGGAGACCCACCAAAACGACGAUCUACCAUGAACAGCCGAGAAGCCGCGUACGAUGAAGAGGAUCUGUUGCGCCGGGCUAUUGAGGAGAGCAAAGAGGAAAGCAAGUCUGCUGCUGAAGAUACCUCUAGCCGCCGAGGGAAAAGAAACCGGAGCGGUAGUGAAACACCUAAACAUUCCGCAAAGCGGCAACGUACCGGAUCUCCCUCAUCUUCUUCCAUUGUAUCGAAGUCGGCGCAGCCCCAAUCUCGGCAAUUAUCUGAUGAAGAAAAGCCGCGAUCUACCGCCAAUGGUAGCAAAAAGACCAGGGGAACAGUCACCAGAAAUCAACGUGAGAAAGAAGCCGUUGCCCCUGAAAAAGACACCGAGAAAGAACUUCCCCCAGAACCUACCGGUCGACGGAAAGGUCGGUCCGAUCGAAGGAAGGAUGAUGACUCAGAGCUUGACGCUACCUCCCCCACGAAAGUUACUGUAAACGGUUCUGUGCCCCCUCAGUCAGCCCCUGAGACUUCAGAUAUCCCCCCACCACCUGCACAAAAACCGUCAGCUCGAAAAUCGGGCCGUCCUCCAGCGCGCCGCGGUCGUGUUGGUCGCAACCAAUAUACUCGAGAUCGCGAUAUGGCCAAUGGAAACAGCACUGGGGAUCAGAACAAUUCACCUCGACGUGGCCAGUCACGCGAAGAGAACGGUGACUCCCCUGGAAACAAUGGGGCGAACGGUGUGCAAACAAACGGAGGGGAAUCUGGAAAGCCUAGCAGACCCCGCUAUAUGAACCCCAAUCGAACUACGAUGAACGAUAUGAGAAGGCGUGUUGCAGCUAUUCUUGAAUUUAUUUCGCGGAUGCAAGUCGAGAUGGCGGCUUCCGGGGAGCAAACCACCCCACCGAAUAGAGCAGGCAGCAAUGGCACCCGCGCCCCAGAUAGCACUACCGUUGCAGCAGCCAUAGAAGGUGCCGUUAUCAAUGGGGACAUUCCUAUUUGUGCGAUUGCUGAAGCUGCUGGCCCGCUACUGGAUGGUUGUCUUCCCCCCGCACGAGAUUUCAAAGAUCUGUCUAGUGGAGAAAUGAUGGACGAGCUUACCCGCGGUCUGCUCAAAUGGCAGCAGGAGUUUGGAAAGUAUGGCGAGAAAUAA